CUUUUUCCUAUUAGCUUCCCCCACCAAAAAAAAACCUCCCUUUUCGUUUUUUUUUUUCCCUGCACGCUUCUUCCCCACUGUGCCCCCCUCCCCCUCCUUCAAAAAAACAAAAGAAAAAUAACCCAAUCGAACAUCUCCCCCCUCCACAAUUACUGAGCAGGCGCAUGCUGCGGACACGUCAGGCGUCACCGGGGCUUAAUACGACGCCGCUUAGUUUGCAUAGGAAGUUCCAUUUCAUUUUUGCCAGCUGCAAAAAGUAAAAGGCGAAAAGAAAAAGAGUGUUAGGGGGGAGGGGAAGCCAACGUUAGACGAAGCCAUGAAAAAGAUGGCAGGUUUGGCGUCGGCAGACUGGCAAUGGGAAAACGCCACCGCCGGCGCCGUGGCUGGCCUCGCCACCGUCACUUUCUCUCAUCCCCUUGACGUUGUUCGUACAAGGUUCCAAGUUUACGAUGGAAGAAUCUCGAACGUCCCGGCCUAUAGGAACACUCCUCACGCUUUAUUUACCAUUGCUCGAACUGAGGGUCUUAGAGGACUUUAUGCUGGCUUUUACCCUGCUGUUCUUGGGUCAACUAUUUCAUGGGGUUUAUAUUUCUUCUUCUAUAGCAAGGCUAAGCAAAGGUAUUUGAGAAGCAGGAAGGAGCUAAGUCCCGGCCUUCAUCUUGCUUCAGCUGCAGAAGCAGGAGCUCUGGUCAGUUUGUGCACCAACCCUCUUUGGCUUGUGAAAACAAGAUUGCAACUUCAGACUCCUAAUCAGAUUCGUCCAUACACCGGGUUUCAUGAUGCUGUAAGAACCAUAAUGAAAGAAGAAGGAUGGAGGGCACUUUAUAAGGGGCUUAUGCCAGGCCUAUUUCUGCAGGUUACCCAUGGCGCUAUUCAGUUCACAGCAUAUGAAGAAUUUCGUAAAGUUCUUGUUAGCUCGAAAGCUCAGGAAAAUGAAAACACUCUUGCCUCAGCUGCUGACUUGUUGGAUUCAGUUGACUAUGCAACACUAGGAGCUUCUUCCAAGCUGGCAGCAAUUCUCACAACAUAUCCAUUUCAGGUUGUACGAUCUCGAUUGCAGCAACGACCAAGUACAACUGGAGUUCCGAGAUACAUGGAUAGCUGGCAUGUUGUGAAGGAAACUGCAAGGUUUGAGGGCAUACAAGGCUUCUACAGAGGUAUCACAGCGAACAUGCUGAAAAAUGUCCCUGCAGCUUCCAUUACGUUCAUUGUCUAUGAGAACGUCCUAAACCUGCUAAAAUUGUCUAGGAGAGAGUAUUAGUUUUUUUACAUUCUUUUACCUCCGGUUCUUGUUGUAGCAUUAGGAUUCUAUACUAGUGAAACAACAACAACAACCCAGUAAAAUCCCACAAGUGAGGUCUGAGGAGGGUAGUGUGUACGCAGACCUUACCCCUACCCCGAGGGAGUAGAUAGGCAAACACUAAUGAAACAAUUUUGGAAAAUAUACUCAAAGAUUUGACGGGUACAAAAAGAUUCAUGAUGGCACUACGGGUUGGGUCACUUGUAUCAUAUUUUGAAUCUUUGUAAUUUAUCAUAAAAGAAAUAAUCUUUUGAGUCUUUGUUCAAGUACCCACGAGACUGCUUCUGUAGCAAGAAUAAUACUAGAUGGAACCUA